AUGUCAUCCUGUAUCUCUAGAGGCCUCCUCAUACUAGCUGGCUUGUGUUCCCUCGUUCCUGGCUCCCAGGCUGAAGAUCCUGAAGAAAUGGAUGCAUCUGUUCAUGACCACGAGCUCCAUCAAUACCUAUUCUGCCAUAAUAUCUUCUACAAUGUUGUUGAUUUCGCCUUUAACUUGUACCGGGAGUCAGCCAGUUGGUCAAAAACUAGCAAUGUUUUACUGUCCCCAAUGAGCAUUAUGGCUGCCUUUGCAAUGCUCUCCCGGGGGACCAGGGGGGGAACUCACAUACAGAUCCUGGAGGGCCUGAAGUUCAACCUCAGAGAGACCCCUGAAGCUCACGUCCACCAGUGCUUCCAGCUUCUCCUCCACAUCUUCCAGCAUCCUGACCACCAGCUCCAGCUGACCAUGGGCAGCAGCCUCUUUGUCAGAGAUAGUCUCAUGCUCCUUGAGCAGUUUGUGCAGGAUGUCAAGGAGCUGUACAACUCAGAUGUUAUCUCCAUCAGCUUCAGGGACACGCGAUUCGCCAGCAAACAGAUUAACUAUUAUGUGGAGAAGGAAACCCAUGGAGAAAUAGUGGAUUUGAUCAACGAUCUGGAGGAAGACACGGACUUCAUCCUGGUGAAUUAUAUUUCCUUGCAUGAAAAGUGGACUUCUCGGCUCCAGGCUGAAUACAUUGUGGAAGAAGACUUCUAUGUAGAUGAGGAGACAGCCGUCACGGUGCCCAUGAUCAUUCGCCUGGGUAUAUUUCUCCUGACCCGGGAUGAGGAGCUGUCCAGCUGGGUGCUGAUCCAGCACUCUGUGGGUGACGCCAUAGCCUUCUUCAUCCUGCCUGACACAGGGAAGAUGCAGGAGCUGGAGGAAGGCCUGACCCAGGAACACUUUAAUAAUAUUCUGGAAACUAUGGAUGAAAGAAAGGACACACGCUGGAUCCCAGCAGAACAUGAGAAAUGCUGGGAAUUUCCUUCCUGUUCUCUCACGCCUGCCAGGUCCGCCAGGAUACAUUUUCCCAGACUGUCCAUGUCCGCAACCUAUGAUCUGAGGAGCAUUCUGCGCACACUGGGCAUCACCAAGGUCUUCAGCCAGGAAGCCGACUUCUCAGGGGUCACGGAGGUGGCACCCGUCAGUCUCUCCACGGCUGUACAUAAGGCGGUGCUGAUCAUUGAUGAGAGAGGGGCAGAGACUGUACGGACCUCUCAUUCUGACGACAGGGCCUGGUCAGAGGCCCCCACCAUCAAGUUCAACAGGCCCUUCUUUCUCUUCAUCAGGGAGGAAAACACCAACAUUCCGCUCUUUGUUGGGAAAGUGCUGAAUCCCAUGCAGCAGUAGCUGCCUCAGUGCUCCUUGACCCCUCAGGAAGGUCUCCUUCCUGGGUGACAUUAAAGAGAUGCUGAUCUGGUCAC